AAUUUUCGACGAAAAUAGCCGUGGCUACAAUUUUGAAGCAGCAUCCUUUAAAGCAACAAAGCCCCGAGCCCCGAGGCAUGCGCGGUAGGCCCGUCGCAUGAGGGGCGUCUGAAGUCUCUGUGUCUAUCUCUAUCGCACGCAACGCACGCGAGGGAAAAAGAAGGGAAGUCGAGGCGGAGUUUCGAUGACAGCCCGAAAACAAGACCACAGGGUAGGGGAAGGUUCAGGACCAGGACGUUCUGCAACGGACUCAACAUCGUCGCGACUAAAAUUCACAAAUAUGCCUUUCAUUUCGAAAGAUUGGCGUUCGCCUGGGGAGGAGUGGGUCAAGACUGAAGAAGGAUGGGAGAAAAAGAAAAUUCUGGAGUGUGGAAGGCAAAUUUUGGGCUGCGCUCCAGGAAAUAUGGAUUCAAGAUUCAACCCAGCAGGCAUUACUGAUUUCAGCACUGAUGAACCAUUCAGUGAAAAUAUUCCUAAGGGAUGGUGUUCAAGCAGCCUAGAUGAAGAUGAUAAGGAAAACAUGCAAGUUGAAGAGCAGGGAACAGCUGUUUUUAUGGAUGGCAACAAUCGUGUUGAUCUGAAAGUUGUUGUCAAUAGAACAAACAGUCAAGAUGGCACAAUCCAACCUCACUGCCACAUAACUGUCAAAUGCACUAGAGAGAUUGCAGGGUUUAAUGGGCUCAGUGAUGCUCUAAAAAGACUUGACUUUCGGUCAGCAGUGCAUGAUGGAAGACGUUUUCAUUACAUUUGCAAACUACUGGAUCUGCUCAUCACCCAGAAACUGAGCAUGCUCUCUGGUUGUGCUCAGAAAGUGUUAUUUGCAAUGUUGGAGGAGGUUGCUUAUCAGGUUUCAGCCAGUCAGCAAAAUAUGCACAUGUUGAGAAAACUCUUGACAGAGUUGCGGGCCAUGAUUGAUUGUGCCUGUUGGGGUCAUCCUCUUGGGAGCACUCGCCUGUGGGAACAGCAUUUGCAAUCCAUCGACCGUAUUCUGUCAAUUGCCAACACCAUAGAAAUCAGAGAGCCACAUGAUGACAUGUACCCCAAACUUCAAAAUUUGCCUGAAGAAUGUGUCAGAGAAAUAUUACUGAGACUAGCAGAUCAUAAAGAUCUUGAAAAUAGCAGUAAAGCGUACUCUGUCAUGCAGAGUCUUAGCAGUGAGCAACGUAUUUGGCGGGAGCUGUGCUCUUUCCACUUUACAGAUGUACAAAUCAACUGUGUUCUAGAAAAAAUUCGGAAGCAGGAUAAGCAACUCCUAGAAAAGCAGCAACAGCACUUGGCUCUUAGAGCCAGAGAAAACCAAGAUGAAUCAACUAUUUCUACCAAAGAUGGCACACUUCUGGAGAUAGAAACUGGAGACUGUGCAGACUGGAAAAAGGUCUACCACAAACUCCGGAAAUCUUACGGUUUGAGAGAAGACUACCCAGAAAUGAUACAGCUGUGUCGCAAUUGUUGCUGCCUCUUCUGGAAGUCGAUUGGGCACCCCUGCAUUGCUGAUCAGGACCCUAGUUUCCAAGAGAAAUUAGAGGCAGUUGACAAAAGCUCACUCCAUGUUCCUGUACCACCUCAUGCUUUCCUCAAGUUCUUUUCCCUGUGAUUCUGCUUGAUUAGUGAUGUUUUGGCAAUCCCGGCUAGUCCUCCACCAAAAAGAAGAAAACUUCUUUACUGUCCAGCUCCAAAAUAAAGAAGAUAUGUUCUUAAUUUGUGGCAGGCAUUUUUGUUUUCUGACUGUUUGUUCACAGAGCAAAGGACAGAGCUGCUGUUAGCGCUGUCACAGAAAUUAUGAACCUGACCGCACAGCUGUCAUCACUUUACAGUUUAAGUGUGAUAUUCAGAAAACUCAGCCCCAGCAGCUGUCAAUUGUGAUAUUGUGUGUGGAAUGCCAUUGUGGUGAUCUUGUUUAGAGUUGGUCUAUCUAUGACUACUGCCCAUCUGCCCUCAUUUAUAUGUGCUAUUUACUUGCCUCUUACUUCAUUAUUUAAUGAUUGAGAAUUUGUGCUUUAGCGCAUCUUUAAAUUAUUUGUCACUCUUUGUUAAAAAUCAAUUUUUCAAAUUACUCUUUUCCAAGUUGAUAAUUUUACUUGCCACCAACUAUAAAAUUAUCUUCUUGAUCACCAAGUAUACUUGCAUUCUCUUCUACCUCACUCAUCGGAAGAUGUGGAAUGAGUUUAGUCAUGCUAGCAGCUGGAUAGUUUCAAUGUCUCUAUCAAAUACAAAUAAUUUUUAACAAAUGUAAAAAAUGCAAGAGUUAUUGCUAAAUGAUAUCAUAAUCAAUAUUUCACAUUUUUGUGAAGCAGUUCAUCUCUAAGAGGACUGCACUAUGUUAAUAAGAAGCUGUUGAAAAGUGAUUUCUAGAUAGUUAUACAAAUGUUCACCGAUUUCUUUCUUUCAGGAAGAGCAAUUAAUUUCCUGAUCAUUCUGCAUAUGGGAAACAUUUUGCUGAAGUGCUCGAUCUUUUACCCCACUACGUUUUGGUAUUGGGUGGUGGUGGAAUGUUGUUGUAGUCAUUUCCUUUGUAUUCAAUAUUAUUUGUGCAGAUAAUGCACUUGACUUUAUGCACUGGAAAUAUUUUCAUUAUGAGUUCAUAGUGUGUAAAGGCAACAGAGAUAAUGACAAGUGAUCAAUGUGUUGUGGCACUAGUUUGUCUUAAGGUGUCCUCGUUCUUUAAUAUUGUUGCAUCAUGUUGAACAAGGAUUGUGCUCACCAUGAUGUAAUUUAGUGACAUGGUUCAUCCCUAAACAUGCAACACACACUAGAUGAAAAGCCUGUGUCAUCCUCAUUUGACAAACUUUGAGCAAUGUUUUCAAGUGUGCAGAUUAAAUUCUGAGAAAAUUGGUGUUUUUGGGUGCUAUAAUUCCUCAACUAAAACACCUUUCUUUGUUGUAUAGUGGUGAAUUAUGCAAUUUGAGAACGAGUCUUCAUUUCUUAAUAUCAAAUAAUAUUGCUUCUUGCUUUAAUUAAGGUGCUAUCCCUAUCUUUUGUGUCAAACCAAGAAUUAAAAUAGGAUUUGCAUUAGUUACUCUGAAUCUCCUUACAGUAAGAAUUUUAGACUUGGUUCAAAAGAAAUUAUCUGUGUUACUCUCUUUUCAGAUAUCUUUCCAUUUGUUACAUCAACUAAUCGGUGAUCUAUUUGGUAUUUGGUUUUGUUGUGAUUGAUAUAUAUGUAAAAUGGUGUUUAAGGCAGGCAGACAAAACAAUGUUCUGUGAUUUCACACCCUGUGAUAGGGGAUUUCUUUAGAAAAGUUAUUUUAUAAGUAAUUCACUGUUCUCCAUGGUUUUUCAAUUGGUUGAAAUUAAUUCACGAAUACUCAACAAAAUGUGAUGAAAAGUUGGGAAGAUAUUAAAAUGACUAUAUUUUAUGUUGGGGGCAUAUGUCUGCAUAUUCUGUGCAUUUCUACUUAACAGGUUUAAAGAAAUGUUCAGGAUAUGCAGUUUUCUGUUUAGGUCUUAUUAUAUGUUAAGAAAAAAAGGAUGUCAAAUAGUCAAUCUGCAAUCCUUUAUCCCCAAAGAAGAAAGUAUUAGACAACUGUUAAGCUCAAAAAGUCUUUUAUUGUGCCUAUAUCAGACACUGCCCGAUUCUUUAUCUUCUUCCUGUCCAUUUUUGCUUUCCUUUUUUUCUGAAAGCAACCUAGGUUUCUGAUAACCAUGUUACAUGUGUCGUAUGUUGCUUAUUUUAUUAAAAGAAAAUUAAAACAAGAUUUUACGGAGGUGCUGGUUUGUAUUGGAGGCAACUUUUGUUGAGAGCUGAGCACCAACUCAAUACUCAUAGGAAUUGGUCAUAAAUACAAAAAUGUGGAGAUAUGUUUGAAGUGUUUGACUCCCUUACUUGUCAAAGAUUUCUUGCAAGAACCAAAAACCCAACUGAGAAUGAAGUGCUUUCAAAAUGUAUUUUAUUAGAAUUGAAAAUAUAUUGAACUUUUUAGCGAGUUUCCUUUUUAGGGAGUUUCUCAUAGAAUAUUUUAAGAUUAUCGUGGUAGUAUGUGCUUGUCCACAGGUUGAUUAUAGUAGCUGUCAUGUGCAUUGCUGUGUGCAGAGUGUUUUCAAAUUUACUGUGAGUUAGAAAUUUGGUUCACCUAUUUUUGGUGAUGGUUCCUACACUCAGUAGGAAGAUGUGUCUUUGGUGGAGAUUUUUUAAAAACUGUAGUAACGUGAGCACUGCCUCUCAUGACCAAGAAAAAGCAGAUUUUUGCUUUACUGCUUUUACAGCAUUUAAGUGAUUCUUUUCUUCAAAUUUGCAAGUUUGCUGGAAAUUUGCAGUUUUCCUGGCUGCUCAUUCACUUGUCCAUUGUUCUACCAUUCUACUGUGCCUAUAGAUCAUGAAUGGGCCCAUUGUCCGAGAGCUGCGAUUUCUCAAAACAUCUCAUCUCACUGCCGUGUUCUUAAGUGGUUUCACGUCUUUACAACUUGGGAAAGGAGUAAGAAAUUUAUACUGUUAGGAUACCCAUCUUUCUUCAUCUGCAACUCAGAGCUAAUUAUUUAAGUGGAUUACAUGUCCUGACUUAAGCUUCUAGCAGCAUAGCAUACUUGGUAUGGCAAGUAGUCCCCUCAAGGCUCCUUCUGAUUUAAAACCCUUAUGAAGUAAGCCAGUAGAUAUUUUAAAUCCUUUAGGAAACAGCUUUGGCUUAGACUUAAUGAAUUACCAAUAACUUAUGAUCAAGUAUAAGUUUCUCUUUGUUUGAUUUCUGUUGUGUUGACUAAGUGUUUGUUGUGUGUUACUUGCAGCUAUGAUUAUUGUCAAUAAAGUUUUAAAAAAAUG